CUCAUUCUUCUUCUUCCCGACAGCCCCCAAGCCCCCAGCCACCGACUUCCUUUCCCUUGAGAAAACCGGUGAGAAAGCUUGGAUUUUUCCCUUCUUUUCUUGUUCAAGAACCAGAUUUGGAGCUGAGAAGUCUUUCCCCUCUGCAGAAAAUCCCGGAUCUGCUCUGCUCUUCCUCCCCUGUCCGCCGGCUGCCAUGUGGCCCGUGAGCUUGCCCUGCAUUGCCGCCGGCUGCUUCUGCCUUGUGGGGGCGAAUUGGCCUGGUUUCUGCCCGUGGGUUUCUCCCCAAAUUCCCGGCGGCAACUUUCCCAAUCUGCAGCUCCGGUUUUGCUGGAAAAUUAUGGAAGCAAAACCGAGAACGGGGAAACCACUGGAAGUGACGAGUUAAAAGGCUCGCUAUUUUGAGAUUGAUAUAGAUUUUAAAUAUAGAUCAUGAUCUUAUAAACUAAACGUUAUUUGGAGAUUUAUGAUAUCAGAGCAAAUUUUAUAAGUUUAUUUUCAGAUUUGGUGGUAUCAGAUUAUAGUAUGAUAAGUUCCGAACCUUGUGCAUUUGUGGGUCCCUCUCACGAGUGCCUGGCGUCUGCCACAUCCCCGGAUUUGGGUUUUGGGGCGUGACAAUCCUGAAGUUCUCCCUGCACUUCCCGCCGGCCCUCCCCAAUCUGCAGCUCCGGUUUUUGCUGCUAAAUUCUGGUAUGAUGGCCACUUCUCUAAGUCCUAAAUUACCCACUUAAUUGCUGCCUUGUUGAGUUGCUACCCUUGUGUUGUUCGAAAAUUCUGUUGAAAUAGGGAUAAAUUUUGGCAGCCUUUGAACAUGUUUUAAGUUUAAUUCAUGUAGAAAAUUUGCUUAUUUUGGCUGCUGUGAUUUCUGGAGAAAAAUCCCGUGAAAUUAGCUAUGGUUUUGCCAAUUUUUGGAAGAUGCAGUUACUGUUCAUGAGUACUGUUCAUGCACUAAUGGCCAACAAUAGGAGGGUUUAAAUGUGUAGUUAUAUUGAGAAUAAAAUUGAGAUGUUUGGUCAUAUGUUUGAAUUUCUUGUGAAGCUCAUUGGUUAGUAAUUUUGCAAGGUUGUGCUAAUAAUUCUAGCAAAGUCUGAAUGUAUUUAUUUGGAAUAUUAGUUGCUGUUAUGGCUUAGAGCACUUGGAUUGAGUCCUCGGUUUUGUGCGAUUUGAGGUAAGUAAAUUAUGGUAACGCCC